CCACCAGGCAUCGGGUGCUGCAUGCACCACCAAGGUCUGCACCUGGAGCCCAGCAACCCCAGGAUGGGAAUGGACAGGGUAAGCAGCAGCCCUGCCCAAAUGGGCAUCACCUUGGGCAGGGGGUGCUGGGCACACGCGCUGUGUGCUCACUUGAAAAUAAACAAACCCCAACCAACUGACCUUCAAAAAUCGAGCUGUGUUUGGAAUGGGGUCAGCAGAUAUCCCCUCUGCUCGGUGCUGGGGAGGUUGCAUCUGGAUCCCGCGCCUUAUUUUGGGCCCCUAGUUUGGGAGGGACAGGAAAAUGAGUCAGGGAGCGUGCGGUGGGCUGGGGGCACAGAGGCUGCAGCGUUUGGCCAGCAGAGAGAAAGCAGAGGAGCUCCAGCUGCUGCUGUUGGAAGGUGAAUAACAAAGGAGAUGGAGCUGAACUUCCUGGCUGUGUCGGAGGGACGCUGGGAAGCGAGCGGGGCGGGCUGGGCUGCCGCUCCGCCUCGAUGUUGCCAGGGCUGCCAUUGCAGCGUUGGGGUGCUGCCAGCCACUGCACAGGGACUGCUGGGCCCUGGCUGGGGCCGGCUCGCUUCUGCCACCCGCACGGGGCCAAGGGGGGGACAGGCUGCUGCGACUAUAAGAAGUGAGCAGUAAUCCAGGCCAUGCAGCAGCGCCUCGGCUCUAUGAAAAAGGUGUAAGCAGAGCCGUGUCUGGGCUUUGAGCACUGCUGAGCUAAUCCCACUCCCUCCAACAGGGCAGGGAUGCUGCUGCGGGCUGUAUGUCCUGGGUAGAAGAGCAAAGACUGUGGUGCAGGUUGGCCAGCAAUUGGAUUCACGUAAUUAGAGGACAUCUGCAGUGCUUUGCACUUGGGACUGCUGCUCAAAGGACCCUUGUUCCUGCAGAAGGAUGGCUGCAAAGAAAAAGGAGGUAGUGCUGCAGAUUAACAUCAAUAGCCAGGAGCUUUGGGAAGAAAUGCUGUCUCUCAAAGGACUCAUUGUUGUUGAUGCAUUUCAAGCCUGGUGUGGUCCAUGCAAAACAGUCGUGGAUCUUUUCCGAAAAGUAAGGAAUGAAGUUGGCAGUGAUCUCCUGCAUUUUGCUGUGGCUGAAGUUGAUUCCAUUGAUGCUCUGGAAAAAUACAGAGGAAAAUGCAAGCCUGUCUUUCUGUUUUAUGCAGGAGGAGAAUUGGUAGCUGUUGUUAGAGGAGCGAAUGCACCAUUGCUGCAGAAGACCAUCCUGGAACAGCUGACAGUGGAAAGGAAGGUUUUAGAACGUGGAGGAGAGCGUGUGGUGGUAAUCAGUCACUGAAUCCUUAAAUACCUGUAGGUGUGCAUGCCAGAGGAAAGGUUCAGCUCCCCAGUGCCAGCAUAGCUCUAAAGCAGAGUUACUUCCUUGCAAAAGUCCUUUUGUCUGGACUGAUUCUGAAAUCUGGUUAGUGUGUUGCUUGAGCGUCCACAAGCCUGUGGAGCCUACCUAGAUGGA